CAAAUCCCUGGCUACAAAGAGGACAGCAAGUUGUUUAUGAAACCGACAAAUUGAUGCUACACUGCUUUCUUGCAGCCUGGAUACUUCGUCUGCACAGACUUAAAUCUCGUCUCCUUUCCGCCUCAGGCUCCACUUUUAUUUCGUCGUCGUCUGGUUGUGGUGUUACGUUUCCUAGGCCAAUAUAAACUUUGUCUCCCACGAAAGCCCCUUGUGCUCAUUACCAUACCAUGCGAUUCACUAAAAAAUCCAGUCUUUCAUAAAUCUGACAUCGCUUUUAGCGCACCGUGGAAAAUUCAACCGGUAGAUUCUUGGUUAUUAAACAGUCCGAGAUGGACAGUCUCUUGCCAGCGAUGGCGAACGAGAUUCAAUUUUACAUCGCUCAGCAUGAGACCAAGCGCACGGUUCCCGUCACCACCGAGGUGCUUCAGCAGGCGCUGGAUUUAGAUUACAACAUGCUGACCACCCCGAUUACCACGGUGGAAUAUCGGACGAGCGUCUUAUCACGCCUCUCCGACCGACUCGCCGAGCUGGAUGGGGAGAAGACUGCUGACGAAGGACUCGCUCCUUUGAUCCCACCGCUCAAGCCAUCCGACACCAAUCUCAUGCCGAAUGAGCUGGUCUCGCAGCUGCUGGUCCACUCGAGCACGUGGAUCGAUCUGGCGUCGCCAGACCCCAUCAUCGCCAACGUGUCCCGGCAAGUCUUCAACCAGGAGGUCGCCUUUGCCGCCUUCUGCGGAGCCACGAAUCUCGUUGUGCAGGCCCCAAAAUUGCAUCAUGGAUCGCUCCACGGGGCGGGAGUAGCGCAGUUUGCUCGAGCGGUGAAGGAGGCAUUGACGAUCGGGCCGUAUCUGACUUUUCACAUCAUGUUCCCGAUGACAGAUGAUCCAGCUACUGAUUCUGGGGAGGGAUUUGGUCAUCUCUCGCGGUUUGCCCGGUCGAAUUACGUGGAGACGGAUGAGGGGGCUGGAAAGGAGGAUCCGUUUGGGACAUGGGAUGCAUGGAAUAUCAUCAGGACGAUCUGUCAAUACCAUGUGAGGCUGACAGUUGGACUGAGUCUUCCCCGUCAACUCCCCUCCGUUCAUGUCCAAACCCGCUGGUUCAGCGAACCCCUCCGCAUCCUUCUGAUUCCCGGGAAUGCCUUCAUCCACAACCGCAAAGGCCAACCCGUGCUCCCGAAACCCCACCAGAGCCUCAUCAGCCGGUACAUGCGGCUCCGGAUCGCUCCGUGGGUCAUCCUCAGCGACGUCGGUCCGCUCCCGGGGUUUGACAUCCUAAGAGAUGGCCUCGACGUGCCACGAUCCCCGAACGACAUGACCAUCGAUGACCCCACCCCCACUGAAGCCGCCCAUCUCAGCAGCGCCUCCGCCGGCAUCCGCACCAGCACCCGCGUGACUAACGACCCGACCCCCCACCUCUCCUACCUCCGCUAUUUCCAACGCAACCAACCCCCCAAGCCCACCAUCGAGCAAUUCGGCUCCGGCUACCAAGACUACCUCCAAGUGCCCCUCCAACCCCUCACCGACAACCUCGAGAGCAUCACCUACGAGGUCUUCGAAAAAGACCCCAUCAAAUACGAAUGGUACGAGCGCGCCGUCGCCCAAGGCCUCCGCGACUGGGUCGCCCAAGGCAAAUCCACCUCCGGCCCCGACAGGAAACCCCUCGUCGCCGUCGCCGGCGCCGGCCGCGGCCCGCUCGUUACCCGCGCCCUCCAAGCCAGCAUUUCCACCGGCGUCCCCAUCUCCCUCUGGGCCGUCGAGAAGAACCCGAACGCCUACGUCGUCCUCCAGCACCACAAUGCGACGAUCUGGAAUGGCGCCGUUACCGUCGUGAAGACCGACAUGCGCGCCUGGAAAGGCCCAACCCUCCCCGACGGCACGCACGCGCACGUCGACAUUCUCAUCAGCGAGCUGCUCGGCUCGUUCGCCGACAACGAGCUCUCCCCUGAGUGUCUCGACGGCGUGCAGCACGUCCUGAACCCCGUGCACGGCAUUUCCAUCCCGCGCAGCUACUCCGCCUACCUCACCCCCAUCGCCGCGCCGAAGCUACACGCCGACAUCCGCGCGCGCGAACCCACUGACCCCACCGCCCCGGAGACGCCGUACGUCGUCAUGUUGCACGCGUUCGACUACCUCUCCUACACUGUCGCGAGCGAAUCGAGCACGAGCACAGCAGGCGAAGGAAAACCCGCGUCGCCGUCUCCGUCACCGGAGUCACCCUCUCCUCACAACUCCCCAAUCAUUCCCACCGCCCCCCUCCACCCCUCCAUCCAACCCACUGUCCCUCCCUGCUGGACCUUCACGCACCCGCUCCCCGCUACGCACCUCGCGCACUCCGCUCUCCGGCGCAGCGGUCUUCCCGCGGGCGGCACGGGGGGUAGCACGGGCGGGUCGGGGUGGAACGAGCAUAAUGCGCGGGGCAGCCGGAUGACGUUCGCGGUGCCGGAACGCGGGGUGUGCCAUGGGCUGGCGGCGUAUUUCGAGGCGGAGCUGUAUCCGGGAACGGAGCUGAGCACGCAUCCGGGGACGAUGGCGGCGAAGAGUGGGGAGAUGGUGAGUUGGUUUCCGAUGUUUUUUCCGUUGAAGACACCGAUGUACCUCCCCGCCGGUUCCGAACUGCAGAUUUCCAUGCAUCGGCAGACGGACGAUCUAAAAGUGUGGUAUGAAUGGUUCGUGGAGGCGUUCGUGGAGGUGGGUGGGACGCGGUUACGGAUAGGGACGAGCGCGUUGCAUUCGAGUAAGAAGAAUGGGUGCGUGUUGUAGUGUGACGUCGUGUGGCGGAGAGGAUGGAGGGGAAGAGGGAUUAAAAUAUGGGGGAUGGGAUGACUGCCGUGUUGUGGAAGAUGAGUGUUGGUUGCUGGGUAGAAGUUCUUGGGAGUCCAGGGAGGAGAUACAAGACAUCUUGCCAAAGCGUUGGCUACGGUAGCGACGGCGCCAGCCACAGUUCGAUAUCCAAUUGAAGUUGUACGCAGGGUUCGGUUCACAAUCUACUACAUCAGCGUUCUUCAUCACAAUCUACGGCACAGCAUGAACACA